AUGCGUUCCCCAUCUCUACCCCGCAGCUCGCCGCCUUCCCGCGUCGCCGCGACUAGUACUGGUGAACGCGCUCUUCCUGUGGUCAAUGCCGCCUUGCGCCGCUCGGUGGAUGGCCCGCCUAGUGACUCGCCGGCUAACCCGUGGUCCGCGGGCCGUGCGGUCUCUCCGGACAAGGUCACUGGCAUUAGCUACGCGAACAUGGUCAAAAAUGGGCGCCCUGCCGCUCCCGCCUCGCCUGCGCCGAGCGAGCCCGCCCCAUCGCGUACGCCCUCACCGGAGCUCACCCCGCGUGAACGCAUUCAAGAUGGGAUCGAUGGCGGCGGCAGCGACCCCCUCCAGCCGUCUGACAGCGAAGCCGACGAGACUCCGGAACGCGGCGAAGGGCAAGGCCCCGCGCGCCGCCGCCGCCGCUCGCUGACCCCCGACGACCUUCCCGACCUGCUUGAGGUCCCGGACAGCGACGACGAGGACGAGAACGUGCCUCCUCCCCCUCCGAGGCGCGUUGUUAGCGACGCGCGGAAGCGUCGUAGGACCACGGCCGACUUCAGCGACGAUGAACCCGAGCCGGUCACGGCGCGCGUCCAGAACGCGCCGCACUCGAGUGCCUUCAUCACCGACGAGGAGUUGGCAGACGUAAUCAUGGGCGAGGCGGACGGAGGGCACGCCUUCGUAGCCGGUGCGGAUCCUGUAGAAGCGAUGAACCAGGCAAGCCGCCUCCGCACGAUCUCACUGCAUGUCACUUACCCUCGUACACCCUUCCCAUCGCCGUCUCCCUCCUUCCAGCCAGAGCCCCAGGAGCACCGUACUGGCUCUGUCCUGCGCGAUGUGGGUGGCAGUAACGCCGCGUCUCGCGGGUCGUCGGCGCAGACGUGGGCCUCGAGCCCCAUCCCUAUCCGUCGCACACCGACACCGCCGCCUCCCUACGGACGUCAGCCCUCCCUCCAGCCCGCCGCGCCUCCGGUGCUCGCCCCUAUCCACCAGUUCCCGGACUUCCAGCGGGCUGCCGCGCGUGCCCCGCGUCCCCCUGCCGGAUUGCCGCCGCCUAUCCCGCCGCCGCCGCACGCACCGCACCACCCUCCUCCCUACCGUCUCGCUCCGCCGAACGCCUUGACGAGGCCGCCAACGGGAGGCUGGAGAAGGGUGGAAGGUGGCGACAUCUUCUGGCGUAUUCGUGGCAUGGACUCGGACCAGGUCGAGGCCUGGAUGCAGGAUAUUCCAGAAGUAGGCGCGGCGGACCCUGGGGUAUGGGACCGUUUGCUUGCGAUUAAGGCCGCGCUCAGGCGGUAUUUUGCGAUGAACGACGUUACUGUUACGGCGGCUCUUCCUGGGCCCGGCCCGCAGCGGCCCAACUCGGAGCCUUUUUUCCAUAUCAUCCGGGGGAUUACGCAAGCACAGGCUAACGACCUCGCGCAGUGCCGCUGGCUCUCCGCUCCGGAGAUCACUCUGGGGUUUGAGCCGUGGCGCUUCGACGCGCCCUUCUUCCUCGGUGCCUGGCGACACAUCGAACGCUUCGGUGAUACUAGCGAGGACGGUAUGGCUAGCUCCGUGCGAGAUGCUUUCGAGGACGAUGAGAUUGCGAACGCGAUCCGGGGCCUCAUCGCCGAGGACAUUGCUGCUGUAGGCGGACUCUGGACUGGAUUCGACGUCGACGACGUUUUUGACAUCCUCCUAGACUCCAUCAUGGUCCGCUCGCUACCCUGGCGCCGCAACCCGCGCACCGCGGAGCCGCUCGCUCUAAUCUACUGUCAAUCCCCCACCGCAGACGCAACCGCCUGGCUCCAUUUCCGUAAUAUCGUUCAACACCUUCGUUUCGGCAGCGCGCAGACGGGCGCCCCGGAGUUCACCACGAGCCGGCUCUGGUGUACGAUUUGUCACUCCACGGACCACCCUACGGGCCCCGUAUCCAAGGCGGAGUCGUGCAGGUCCCAGGCGGACAAGGCCUCGCCACGGGCCGAGGCCAUAACCGCGGUGGUCAUCGUGGCGGGCGCGGGCAAGGACGCGCCGGUCGCGGCGCCGGGCGCGGCGGUCGUGGACGAGGCGGCGGCGGACAGAACUAGUUGUACGAUGCCCAGUAUAGCCGCUUUACAUCCGUAUCCAUCAUUGUGUACAUACUCCCUACCGCGGUAUCUCGUGUAA